UGCAGAUGCCGUCCUGGCUUCCGCCUGAAGGACGACGGGAAGACGUGCAUCGACAUCGACGAGUGCUCCACCACCUACCCCUGCAGCCAGAAGUGCAUCAACACUCUGGGGAGCUACAAGUGCCUGUGCAUAGAGGGCUACAAGCUCAGACCUGACAACCCCACCAGCUGUAAAGCUGUCACAGAUGAAGAGCCCUUCCUCAUCUUCGCCAACCGAUACUACCUGAGGAAGCUCAACCUUGAUGGCUCCAACUACACACUGCUCAAGCAGGGGCUGAACAACGCAGUUGCUCUGGAUUUCGACUACCGGGAGCAGAUGAUCUACUGGACAGACGUCACCACGCAGGGCAGCAUGAUCCGCCGCAUGCACAUCAACGGCAGCAACGUUCAGGUUCUUCACCGCACUGGCCUCAGCAACCCUGACGGGCUGGCUGUGGACUGGGUGGGAGGCAACCUGUACUGGUGUGACAAAGGCCGGGACACCAUCGAAGUGUCCAAGCUCAACGGAGCUUAUCGCACCGUGCUGGUCAACUCGGGCCUGCGGGAGCCCCGGGCACUGGUGGUGGACGUGCAGAACGGUUACCUGUACUGGACAGACUGGGGGGACCACUCCCUGAUUGGGAAGAUUGGCAUGGAUGGCACCAACCGCAGCGUCAUCGUUGACACCAAGAUAACGUGGCCCAACGGCCUCACCCUUGACUACAUCAACAGCCGGAUCUAUUGGGCUGAUGCACGGGGGGACUACAUUGAGUUCGCCAUGCUGAGCCAGGACAUCCCGCACAUCUUCGCGCUCACCCUCUUCGAGGAUUUCAUCUACUGGACCGACUGGGAGACCAAGUCCAUCAACAGGGCCCACAAGACGACGGGAGCCAACAAGACUCUGCUGAUCAGCACCUUGCACCGGCCCAUGGACAUCCACAUCUACCACCCCUACCUUCCCAACCAUCCCUGCAAGACCGACAACGGCGGCUGCAGCAACCUCUGCCUGCUCUCGCCGGGCGGGGGGCACAAAUGUGCCUGUCCCACCAACUUCUACUUGGGUGGUGAUGGCAAAACCUGCGUCUCCAACUGCACAGCCAGCCAGUUUGUCUGCAAGAACGACAAGUGCAUCCCUUUCUGGUGGAAGUGUGACACCGAGGACGACUGCGGGGACCGCUCGGACGAGCCUGAGGACUGUCCUGAGUUCAAAUGCAGGCCAGGGCAGUUCCAGUGCUCCACUGGGAUCUGCACCAACCCAGCCUUCAUCUGCGACGGGGACAACGACUGCCAGGACAACUCGGACGAAGCCAACUGCGACAUCCACGUCUGCCUGCCCAGCCAGUUCAAGUGCACCAACACCAACCGCUGCAUCCCCGGCAUCUUCCGCUGCAACGGCCAGGACAACUGCGGAGACGGCGAGGACGAGAAGGACUGUCCCGAGGUGACCUGUGCCCCCAACCAGUUCCAGUGUGCCAUCACCAAGCGCUGCAUCCCCCGCGUCUGGGUCUGCGACCGGGACAACGACUGCGUGGACGGCUCCGACGAACCCGCCAACUGCA